UUGCCAGAAAUUAUUUUCUGUUUCAUAUUUCAACGCUAACUUUUUAUUAUGCACCAAAGAAUAGAAAAAAACUGAUAAAAUAGAAAAAAAAUAUUUAGAAAAAUUGAAUGCGCGUAAUUUGGUACAAAAUUUUGGGAAAUAAUUUUUAGUAAAAUUUAUUAAAAAUAGGAAAUUUAAAGCUAUUUACAAGGUGCAAGGGAGAUAAGGUCGAGAAGAUACUGUAUGAGCCGAAGCUCUCAUUUUCUAAGUUUCCCUUUUAUCUAAUUUUCAUUUUAUGCGUCUGUCUGAGUGCUUUGGUCGUCGAAAUGCACUCAUCGUCAAUGGAUGGAUUAAUGUAUUCGGUGCUCUACUAGAAUACUUUUCUAAAGCGAUGGCAUCGCCUGAGUUGCUAAUUUUCGGUCGACUGGUACUUGGAGCAGUAAUGGGACUUUCGACAGGGUUGGUGCCUAUGUAUUUAAUGGAAAUCACUCCUACAAAAUAUCGAGGAGCAGCUGGCACUCUUCAUAUGGUAGCAGUUGCAUUUUCUGAUUGGUUUUCACUCUUUAUUGGAUUACCUGAGAUUCUAGGAAACACGCAAAGUUGGCCUCUUGCCUUUGCAUUCCCAGGCAUCCCUGCGCUCUUGCUUUGUUGUAUUCUUCCAUUUUGUCCUGAAAGUCCAAAGUUUACUCUCUUCACGCGUGGAGAUGCUUCCAAGGCAGUCUUAGAUUUAAAACGAUUUGUAGACGAUAAUGAGGCGGAAUAUAUGUUUGAAGCAUUGGAACGUGAGGCUAUAAUGAUUAAUGAAGGCCCAGGUACAUACAAACAAAUAUUCACCGAGCGUUCACUUCGAGUACCUCUACUAAUUUCUGUUAUGGUAAUGAUUACUCAACAAUUUACGGGUUGUUCUGCCGUUUUUGCCUAUUCUACAGACAUGUUUCUGAAUGCAGGAAUUAGAGGUCAAAUGGCAAGAUUCAGCACCUUAGCUGUGGGAAUAGCUUACUUUUUGUUUGCAUUAACUGCCCCUUUUUUGAUUGAACGCGCCGGACGGAGAAUUCUUCUGAUCGUAAAUAAUUUUAUAAUUAAAAGAUUCACACGUUUUAAGUUUCAAUUAUCAAUGUGCUCGUUAUCACUUACACUUCUCAGCUUCUUCAUGUGGCUACAAAACUUUGGAGGGCAUGUUUGGGCUGGCUAUGCAACUAUAGGUGCUCUAAUUUUCUACAUGUGUGUAUACGGUAUAGGGUGCGCAGUACCAUGGCUAAUAACUGGAGAAUUGUUUCCUACCAAAUACAGAGCUUCUGCAAUUACUGUCGCGGUUUCCGUUGCCUGGUCUUUAUCCUUUGUUGUCUCGACGUGCUAUCUACCUUUUCAGCAGCUUGUUGGCAAUUCAUUAAGCUAUGUACCUUUCAUUAUUGUUAGUGGAUGUGGAGCUGUUUUUGUAUAUUGGGUUUUACCAGGUUCUUUGAACAUUAAACGCGAAUUGAAUUCCUUUCCAAUUUAUAGAAACACGAGGAAAACAAGCAAUGGACAUUGUUAG